AUGGAUUCAGACAUACCUUCCAUAGAUUCUGACUAUCUACCGUUAGACCUGGCGACUCCCAUUACUUCUACUAGUCUUGCUGUGGUGAAGCACACCGAAAGAUGUACAGUGUGUGGAAAACCGGCAUUCUGCUACAACUACGGGGUACUAACGUGCAACGCGUGCAAAAUGUUCUUCCGGCGGGUUGAAGUGGAUCAGAUCACAUACACGUGUAAAUAUUGGAACAAAUGCUACGAAGGACACGCGUUUGUUGAUGCACAAGCUGGCUCUCCCAGAUGUCGUGCCUGCCGAUACCAGCGAUGUGUAGACGUUGGUAUGAAAUACAUCCAACCCGGAAAACCUGAACUAGAGUUAUCCAAUAAGAUCGAGGAAAAUCUAACCUCCCUCAUCGGAGACUUGCUAUUCCUGGACGCCAGAAGACGGCACAAAAUUUUCAAUUUCUACACUUCUGAAAAUCCAACACUUCGAGAAGUGAUCACACGUGGGAAAGGCUCUAGAAUGGUUCGGAAGAGGGAGAAUCAAACCGUGCAACUUCAUGAAUGGAGCUUUCUAGGACUCUACAGUGCCGUCGAGCUUUUUAUGAGUCUCGAUUUUAUGGAGCAUAUUAGCGAUAAGGAUAAAAUGGUUUUAAUCAAAAACUACGCAAUGCAAUCAAUGGUAUUCUUCAGUGCAAUGAGGUCGUAUAUCGGCAACAUGGAUAAAGUUGUGAAUCCCGAUAGUACAGAUGUGUAUCCAGAGGGAAUGUACCAGCUAACCAUAUUCUCGCGAAGUUUUCUGAAUGGGAUCCGGAGCCGGCUGGUGGUCCGUUGUAUGGAGCUAAAAAUGACCAAUGAGGAGCAUGUACUCCUGAAUAUGCUACUAUUCUGUAAUCCGGUUCACGAAGUCUCCGAGGCAACCAGAACAAUCAUAACCUCCCGCCAGCGAGUCUACAGCUCGGCUCUUUUCAAGUACUGCUUCCUAACUUAUCAACAAAAUGGACCAUCUCGAUUCACCGAUCUCUUAUCACUUUGCCAUGUGAUGAACAAGCAGGUUGAGGACAUCAACUACUUAACCACACUUUUCCCAUUGUACAUGCCCAAUACUACGUACAAACAACUUUUUGUGGAUGUGUGUCAUUCGUUAUAA